AUGUCUGUACGAAAAGCUCACAAUAGUGGCCGAAAUCAUCUCAGAAAUGUAGUGGACUAUUAUCAACAAAUUGGCCACGAGAAAGCGCAGUCUGUAAUAGACUCCAUCACAAACUCAUAUGCGGCAGAAGGACAGUCUGCAGCUAACCCUGUCCUCAACCAAACCCCUGGAGGCCAUCCUCCUCUCCCUCCCUUUGGACUUCCUGGAGUACUACCACCUCUACCGUUUGGAAUGACUGGACUAGGAAUUCCUGGAAUGCCUAUCCCAUCUCCGGGCGGUUUGCCUCACCCUGCAGGUCGUGGAGUACCACCUAUGCCACCAUUCCCAGGACUACCAUUUCCACCACCUGGCGGCUUGCCACCAAAUUUUCAAUUCCCUCCCAACGGUCUCCCUCCUGUACCUGGUGGAUUCCCCGGGGGUAUACCUCCUCCUGGAUUUCCACCAGCUCCUAUGCCUGGACAACAACCGCUACAGAAUGAGCCGCCUGCUCCUGAAAGACGAUAA